AUGAUCAAUGGUCAGAAUCAGCCGGCUAUAAAGGCCUCAACAGCCGUUACCGAGGCACCGCCCUCGGACGGUCACGGCCAUAAAGGCCAACUUGAUCCACCCGUUGAUCUUGAGAUCAACGGAGGGGAUCACGUGACCGUAAAGGCGCCGCAACCUUUUGCGAUCGCCGAUGCCUCGGCUGGGACGCUACUGACGCCAUCAACGUCAGACACCGCGGACGAUGGCAUCGCACGGAACCCUGCGCCAUCACGUGCCGAGCCCCGCUCAGCUGGCACCGUACAGGCGCGGCCCGUGCGAGAUUCCGGCAAGAUGGCUAGAGCUGAGCCGGCCCAGGUCCAGCCCAUCGAGGCUGCGCCGGCUCAGGACGCACCGGCCCAGGCCCAGGUGGCCCAGGCCGAGCCUGAGCAGCCGGCUCAGGCUGCACUGGUCUAA